AUGUAUCCAAGCGUUCUGACACCAUUGGCUAUUGCAGGCUGGAUCUUGACCUCAUUCGCGCCAAUCGUUUUAGCAGGUCCUACUUCGGCGUUCGACAUCUUUUCCAGGACCCCUGCAUCAGGCGUCGAUGUGAAGGCACUGGCGCCGUACCUUUCCGCCAACGCGAAAAUCUAUUUACCGGGCACCAAGGAGUUCGCUACUUACACUACUCGAUGGUCCGAUCUGGAGGCUCCCACGCCCAACGUGGUAAUUGCUCCAGGUACCGAGAAAGACGUUCAAAAGAUUGUCAAGUUUGCCAACGACUUCAACAUUCCGUUCCUCACCUACAACGGCCAUCAUGGGACACUCACAACCUUGGGAAAGAUGGACUAUGGUAUUGAGAUCUAUCUUCCUCAAUUGGACUCCUUCUUGAUCGCCAAGGACGGAAAGUCGGUGACUGUAGGCGGCGGUAUCAACGUGAAGAAUAUGACGGAUGCUCUUUUGGCCGCUGGGAAGCAGACUGUAACUGGAUGCUGCGAAUGCGUCAGUUAUCUGGGACCCGCCCUCGGUGGUGGCCACGGGUGGUUUCAGGGUCGCUACGGCCUAAUUGCCGAUCAGUUUCUUUCCAUGAAUGUCGUACUUGCGAAUGGUGACUUGAAGACAAUCGACAGCAAGUCUGACUUGUGGUGGGGUAUGCAAGGAGCUGGACACAACUUUGGUGUCGUCACAUCUGUUACCUCUAAGAUUUACGAUGUUACACAUUACGAUUGGGCGAUCGAGACCAUCGUAUUCAGCGGUGAUAAGGUAGAGGAGGUUUACGACGCUGUCAACAAAUACAUCGUCCAGGAUGGAAAGCAGGCUGAUGACAUCCAUGAUUGGACUUACUGGCAGAACGAUGCAAGAUACAGCACUGAGGGGCCAGUGAUCAUCAUCUUCAUCGUUCAAGAGGGUGUUACCACAGUCGACACCAAGUACACGGCCCCCUUUCACGACAUUGGUCCCCUCGCUACUAUUCCUGAGUCAGGCACCUACAAGGAUCUGGCAAAGUGGACUGGUAUCGCGCUCGAGUCGCCUCCAUGCCAGGACUUCGGCUUCAACAACCCUCGCUUUCCCAUCUACAUAACCUCUUACAACGUCACUGCACAGCGAAAGGCCUGGGACGUUUACUCUUCAGCCAUCAAAGGUGCCGACAACCCAUACUACAACUCCAUUUUCAUGUUUGAAAACUACGCCAGUGCUGGUGUUCGCUUCCGCGACAGCGAUGCUAGCGCAUACGGCUUCCGCGACGCGACCACCCUCGCUGCACCUCUGAUCAUCUACAACUCUACUGGCAAGGCAGAGGACGAAGCAGUCAAAAAGCUCGGCACUCAGCUUCGUGACAUCAUUUUGGAGGGAACCGGGUCGCAGGAGCUACACACCUAUGUCAACUAUGCGUACGGUAGUGAAGGACCUGAGGCCUGGUAUGGUCAUGAGAGCUGGAGGCAGAAGAAGCUCAAAGCGCUGAAAAAGAAGUAUGAUCCCAAGGGAAAGUUCAGCUUUUACGCACCCAUCGUGUCAUAG